AUGACCAUUAUUUUAUUUAUAAUCUUAGACAUCAACAGGGCACUUGUGAUAGACUUGAACACGCAGCCAUCACCAGAAGAAAUUCACUCAUUUGAUACCGAUAUUGAUAUGGAUGAUAUAAAUAUUUGUAAUAGUUCAAGCAAUUCUGCUACAAAGACUGAGUGCACGACUGACGUAGUUGACAUUUUUUCUUUUGGAAUUUCUUAUAAUGUCAUAAAUCAUCACACCAUUUCUGAUGUGGAGAUUCCAAAAGUGGGGAUGCUAUUUGGAACCCUCGAAGAAGCACGCCAAUUUUACAACUAUGCCAAUAAAGUGGAAUUCGAACCUCAUAUAAGAAACACUAACUUCGACAAGAAUAGAAGGACACUCAUUAACCAAUCCAUACAGUGCAAUAGAGAUGGAUACCGAACAAAGAAGAAUCCAGUAACCCAAAGGUCAAACACAGUCUCAUCUGUACACUAUAAAGCUCGCAUUUAUAUGAAACUUGACACAGAGCUUGAAAAAUGGAGACUAUCAAAGAUAGAAUUAGCUCACAUGCAUCGGUGUGAUCCUAGUAUGUCAUGGAUGUUUAAGAAAAAUAGGAAACUCUACAUGCACGUUAAGGAUGUCAUUGAGCGCAACGACCACGCUGCUGGUGGUCGUUCUAAUCUGAAAUUUCUUGAGAAGGAUGUUAGAAAUUAUAUAUCUGGUAAACUUCGAAUCAAUGGAGAUGAUACUGAUGUACAAGAGAUGCUGGACUAUUUUACCAGAAUAAAAGAGCAGAACCUGAAUUUCUUUUACGACAUUUGUGUCUAUAGUGACAAUAGUCUCAAGCAUGCAUUUUGGGCGGAUGCUCGAUCAAGAACUGCUUACGAGUAUUUUGAUGACGUGGUGUCAUUUGACACCAUAUACAAGCUCAACAAGUAUGAGAUGCCAGUUGCAGCAUUUGUGGGUGUCAAUCACCACAGAAGGUCAUGUCUUUUCGGGUGUGCUUUAUUGGGAAAUGAAGAGACUGAGUCCUUUGAAUGA